GACUUUGGAAAACCGGUCCUCUCAGCCCCUCACACUGCGCAAGGGUAUUGCUAUGACAACGCUAAGAUCCAGCAAGCAGGUGUAGAUGCCCUAGUCACGCCCGUGGUAGGUCUGGCUAGAGAGACGAUUGGUGGUAGGGAGAAUAACCCUGGGGAAGGGAUGGGCGAAGGAAGGCGUAGCUAGAAGAAACUAGGUUGAAUUCCCAUUCUUCUCCACAGCCUUCAGUUCACCUUCCGUAGUGCGUCGCGUCUACUUUGUCUACUUUAACCCAGUCGCGGAGCCAGCGGUCGGAUCCCCUCGAUCGAAUCCAAACGCCAGAACACCUGGCUGGGGAGGAGGCACUGUAAAAGAAGGACCGGCGGAGAAGGUGGACCGAGCGAAUCCAACUCUUUGAGCAUCUGGCGGGGGAGGCAUCGUGUUGAAAGGGACCGCCCGAGAAGGGAUACUUGAAAGAGAAAAAUGCCAGUUCAGUUGCUUAAUCGAGUUUUCAUCCACGUGCUACAGAGACCUCCUUGUAGGCAUCCAGCUUUCAUCAUGCCUAUUCGAUUUCUGGGUAUUUCACCUCGGCAAGUACUAUCUGAUGCCAACUUUCAUUCUGCAUCUUUUUCUGAUAUAGAGCAUCCACGAGUACUGAUUACAGGGGGUCUUGGACAACUUGGAGUGGGACUUGCUAAACUAUUGAGGAAACGAUUUGGAAAGGGCAAUGUGAUCUUGUCUGACAUUAAGAAACCUCCUGAUCAUGUUUUCCACAGUGGGCCAUUUGUUUAUUCUGAUAUCUUGGAUUAUAAGAACCUUCGGGAAAUAGUGGUAAACAAUCGAAUCACAUGGCUCUUUCAUUAUAGUGCCCUGCUAAGUGCUGUUGGAGAAGCAAAUGUCCCUUUGGCAAGGGCUGUAAAUAUUACUGGUUUGCAUAACAUUCUGGACAUUGCAGCAGAGCACAGUUUGCGACUCUUUGUGCCUAGCACUAUUGGUGCUUUUGGUCCUUCUUCUCCUCGGAAUCCAACCCCUGAUCUCUGUAUCCAGAGACCUAGAACCAUCUAUGGAGUGUCCAAGGUUCAUGCAGAGCUCAUGGGAGAAUAUUAUCAUCACCGGUAUGGUUUAGAUUUCCGGUGCUUGAGGUAUCCUGGAAUCAUUUCUGCUGACUCCCAACCUGGUGGAGGAACGACAGAUUAUGCAGUUCAGAUUUUCCACGAUGCUAUUAAAAAUGGCAAGUUUCAAUGUAACCUGAAAUCAGACACGCGGCUUCCUAUGAUGUACAUCGAUGAUUGCCUUAGAGCUACACUGGAAAUCAUGGAAGCUUCUGCAGAUUCUCUCCCCAUGAGGACUUACAACAUCAGUGCCAUGAGCUUUACCCCCGAGGAGCUGGCACAAGAAGUUGUCAAGCAUGUACCCGAGCUCCAGGUCACAUACAAUGUAGAUCCAGUUCGCCAGGCCAUAGCUGACAGUUGGCCAAUGAAUUUUGAUGAUACCAAUGCUCGGAAGGAUUGGGGAUGGAAACACGACUAUGAUCUUCCUGAACUGGUGACAACUAUGUUCAAUUUCCACGCCUCAGAAUCCAGAGUUGCUCAUGCCAGUUAACCAAAUGGUUCUUGUAUCUUUGGGGGAAUGUGAGAGAUCCUGAAAUUAGUUUAUCAUGUUAUAAAUCUAGUAUUGCUACUUGUACAUUAUUUGUACUGAAGGAUUAUUGUUGCCCCUUGAGUUUGACAGCAGCUCACACACCUGUCAGGAAACUUCUCAAACUGAUCUCACAAUACUUUUAAAACAAAGAUUCUUAAUCUUUGUGUGUGUCACAGUUCCCUCUAACAGUCCAUUUAAUCCUAUGAUCCAUCCUCUUUCAUAAUUCUGUUUUUAAAUGCAUAAAAUAAAAUACAUAAGAAUUAAAAGGAAACCAAUUUUGUUGAAAAAAUGUACUUUUUUCCCCAUUCAAAUUAAGGGACUGAAAUCUAUCCACAAACCUUUUGGGGAAUCUGUGGAUUCCAUGUGAAGAACCUCUAUUUUAUUUUAUCUUUUUUUUUUUUUUCAGUUUGAUUCAAAGCUUUAUUGUAAGCAAUAGGGAAAAGGAGGGGAGAAUGAGAGGGAAAAAGGACCCAAUAUACAACUCAGGCGUGCACACAGAGUAUAACUCAUGUAAGGGAGAUAACUAUGCUGUGGAGCACAGAGACAUGGAGCUCUUGAAUAGGAAAGGGUGCCCCACCAGGAAGGGGUGAAGAACCUCUAUUUUAAAGGAAGAAAUAAGUCUUGAACUCAAGCAUUUUAAUAUGUAGUAAAAUCUAUUUUGCUAUAGGUGACCAUUGGAUUUUUCCUAUUCAAACUUGCCCCUAUAAGACCCAGUAAAAUAUGAAAAUAUAUUAUCUAUGUCAUUUUCUUCAUUCUUAAUUGACAUAAUUUGUUAUAAUUUGUAGGAAGUUGAGAGUGUCAGUAUUUAAUAUGUGGGAUUAUUUAUUUCACUUAUGUUUUAAAGUAAAAAAUCAUCAAGUCAUGAAACUGUUUUGGACAAGUAACAUCAAAGACUGUUAGUUUAAAAAACAUUGAUUUAGGUCAACAGUAUAAAAGCUUAAUAAUAAUUUUGUAACAAUAAUAAUAGAUCAAAUUUAUAUAUUGCUUUAAGAUAGAAUAGUUCUAUUAUUUCCAUUUUAGAAAACUGAGACUCCUUGACUUGUCCAGGUUUACACAGCUAGUAUAGGUCUUAGAGUAGCUGGCUAACUUAGGUGUUAUGAUUCCAGACAAUCAUCAUCUACUAUGUCAUGCUGUUUUCCAGAAAAAAAUAGGGAGAAAGGUAUUUGUAUUAAAUCCAUGCUAAUUAAUUCUACAUGACAGAGAUGAUGACUUGAUCAUAUGCUUCUUUAAGAAUUAUUUCUAAAACAUAAUUUCAUUUUUGUAGAAAUAUUUCUAAAGCAAUUUUAUUUUUUGUGGGAAUAUAUAUCAUUCAUGUCCAUUCUCAGGGGAAAAAAAACCAAACGAAACAUCUAAGCAGGAAAGUAUGACACUUGUAUUUUCAGCUUUGUUAGGAAAAAGUGCUGGAAUAUAUUUCAUUAAAUGAAUGGAAGAAUAAAAGCCUUUAUUAAGUGCUUAUUAUGUGCAAAGUACUGUACUAAGCAGUAGGGAUAAAUAGAGAAGUUAGGUAGCUCCUGCUUACAAGGAGCUCAUAUUCUAAUGAGGGAGACAACACUUACGGAAGGUUUUAUCCAGUGGUCCUUACAGUCAGGAAGACUUGUGUUUUGAGUUCUAACAUAUUAGCUAUCUUGUGAGUUUGAGCAAAUUAUUUAACAUUUCAGGAUCCCUAGACAGCAACCUCAAAAGAGAUGUUAAUGACUUUUAAAAUGUCAUUUCCUUUGAUUAAAUUGUCUAGAUUUUGCAAGUUGAACCAUUGACAGUGCCAAAGACUUUGAGGACAAGAAUUUUCUGUGUCUUCAGUAGCCGUUACUGAGGUCCCUGCAGGAGCAGAUACCAGGUUGCAUCUUCACUGGGUUUGCUUCCCAGGAUAAUGGUCAAAGAUACUAUGUGAGAGGCUCUUGGGUGCAAGGUCUUGAGUUGUUCCCUUCAGAGUCUAAGAGGAGAUGGUGAUCAAGGUGGUGGUUUGCCUUUCCUGGCACAUGUGGCCUUCUGUCUCUACAAAUCAUUGCUUGAUUGAUUUUUGCUGUUGUUAAAAAGUGGAGAAAGUGUUAAUAAUGCAAUUUAACUCAAGAACAUACCCUGGUAAGCUCCCUCUCCACAAUAAUUUCUUCUCUCAAUGAUGACUAUGGGAGCUGGACUAGAAGCAGAUCUAGUGUGGGGGGACAUUGCUGUUCUGAGCUCUUGGGCUCAGAGCAAUGGAUGAUGGUGUUGAAUUGACUUAUCUGGCAUAUUCUAUUUCCUGUCUCUACCUCAAGGUGCCUUAGUGAAUUAAAAUAGCUAAUCUGUUAAAUUAUAAUUACUACUGUUUAAAACAAAAAAAUUGUCCUUUUUUAUUUGAUUUACCUUUCAUUUAAAAGUAGUGUGUCAUAAUGGAUAGAAAUAUGGCAUUGGAGUCAGACUUGUGUUUAAGUUCUGCCUCUAACACGUAUUAGCUGUCAUAUAAGUAUGAGCAAGUUAUUUAACAUUUCAGUGCCCUUAUAUGCUUCUAAAUCCAAAUGACAGACUAGUAUUUGAUCUCUGUUGUGAUUUCCACUACAGAAUUUCCCUGUACCAAUGAUAUCAUGGGACUAAAUCCCCAAACUCCCAACACUUUUGCAAAGAUGCAUGUAGUAGUAGGUAGUAGUAGGUUUCAUUUUUAGAAGAUACAUAUUAUGCCAUUUAAAACAAUGGCUUCUUCUAAUAUUUUCCAGAUUAUUUUUCAUCUACCUCAGAAUUUGUUUACUUACCAAAUGUAAUUGAUAUGGAUGCCUCCGAAGUCAUCAGAAAAUUAACCAUCUCCAGUUAAACAUAUUAAUUACAUUGAUUUUUUGCCAAUAAAUGUCACCUAAAAUAAACAAGGAUUUGUAGCAUGUAAGUUAACCGAAGACCAGAUGAGUGAACAAGCCUCAAGUACUUGUGAUGUGCAAGGUACUUUGCUAGAUGCUGGGGACACUAAGACAAAAUGAACAACCAAGUCCUCGAGGAGCUGCAUUCUUUUAGGGGAGACAACACAGAAAAUCUUAUGUAUAUGCAAAAAUCACAAGGUAACUUGGUGGGGAGGCACUAGCAGCUGUGGGGAUCAGGAAAGGUUGUACACAUCACCAACGCAAUGGAAGUUAGAGGUCCUUAGAUUUGGAACUAGUGGAGACUUUAAGAUCUAUUCUCUAAUUUUACAUCUUAGGAAAUGAAGAUUCAUAGAGAUGGAGAGUUGGCCAAGGUCAGUCACAGGUGACAAGCAAAGAAAAUAAACAUUUCAACUUGGGUAUCUAAAUGCAGGUUCAGUAUUCUUUGUGGAUAGUUUUUAUUGUAAUGGUCCUACUAGGUUCCUGCUAUGAUAAAAUGAUAAAUAUGAAUGUGAAGUAAGAUUAUUGGAUUUUCUAAAGCAAAAAUCCCAACUUUAUUUUUAAGCUAUCUUAGGUACAGCUAAGAAUGUUUAAAUAACAGAAAAGUAGACUUUCAAUUAGGUUAGUUUAAAAGAACUUAAUAUUGUUAUUCAAGGAAUCUAAGUUUUAUCUUCUUGUUUAUCUUUGAUUUCCAAACUUUAAAAAAAUUUCUCCCCCUUCCCCAGUUUUCAAAGAAUUUCUUUGUGAGAAUGAAUUAUUUUUAGGGAAGAAAUUAUUCCUACAGAAGAAUAUAAUGCUAGCUCAAAGCUAAUUGAUCACGUCAUUACUCUGUAAUGAAUCUAGGUGUUAAGUCAAGUGAUUUUUUAAAUAGAAUCUUUUGAAUUGGUUGAAUAUAGAUUCUCAUUAGUUUAACCAUUCUGAACCAUCUACAUAGAUGAGCCUCUAAGAACCUCCUUGGAUAAGAUCUUUAACCUUUCAUUGACUUUAGUUAGUUUUCCUAAAACAGUCAUAUGAAUUAUCUUCAAGAGUAUACAAAUCAAAGUUAUUCUAAUUCUCUUGUUUAAUAGAAAUAUUAGGUAUAUUUAAGCUCAAUUGUGUCAGAUUUAAAACUUACAAAGUACCUUAAAAUUUAUUUUUUAUCUAAUCAAAUGUAUUGAUGUUAACAUGAAAUAUUAAGGGUGUUAUUCAUUUCUGGAGCUUUUAAAAAAAUUGUACUUUUUUCAAGUUUUUGGUAUCUUUAAACAUUCUAGAAUGCAUAUAUAAUUGUGUGUUUUUAAGGGCUACUUACAUGUAGCAGUGUAUCUGUUUUCCAAAAAUAGGAAAAUCUAGUGUUUAAGACUAUUACAGAAUUUGUUCUUGUUUCAGCUAUUUUAAGAAAUGGAGCCAAAUGUAAACUUGUACAUUUCCAAUUCUGUUGAUGGUGGGAAAUGGUGAUGUCAAUCCAAAAGUUAUUCAUAUUUGAUAUGGUAAUUUGUUUUGCCUUAUUUUAGAAUAUGUAUGCUUUGGGAAUUAACCUCAAAACAAACUUAUGAAGAAAUAUUGAGGGCUCAGUUCAAGACAUCCAGUCUCCCAGUGCUGGAAUCUGACCAUAAAUUGGAUUUUCAAGACAUAUUAGAAUGAUGUCUGUAAAUUAUGCCAUUAGCAAAUCUGUGCUGUCAGAGUACCUUUUUUCAAACUUUUUUGAUUCAGGAUCUGAUAUUAUAAAGUAGUGGAUUUCAAAUUAGCUUGUAUAUAUGAAGGGUUUACCAAGAUAAUGAAAUUUUAAUUGUGAUUCUCUUUAUUUUGUAGUUGCAUUAGGUCUCGUAAUCAAAGCAUUCCAGUUGAGUUAUAUACUAGUCUAUUCCAGCAAUAUGAAAUGUAUCAUUCCAUGUGUUCUGAUUUCAUCAUAUAGUAUAUACAAAAGCUAAAAUUAUGAGGUGAUUUUUUUUUCUCCUCUUGAGACAUUCACACUUCUGGCCCCAUAUUUUUCUGGAAACUGAAAAUACACCAUUAUUUUUCUCAUUUAUCUCUUCAGGAAGAGCAAAAGUUUAAGUUGAAUUUGCAUAAAUUUCAGAUUUGAAUGGUAGUUAUGUUAUCAGUGGCAGAAUAUGAGCUGUUAGGAAUUAAAGAGUCGUGAUAGAUUUGAAUUAGAAGAGCUUUUAUAUGAAAGAGCUAUGUUUGUGUUUGAUUUGAAUAUGUCCUUACAAAAGAAAUUAUUUUUCUUGAAGUUUUACUUCAGUAUGAAAAUUAUACCCUAAAAAAUCUCAGAGUUGAUUUUCUUCUAAAUUAGAUAUUAUUUAAGAUAUUUCAAAUUCUGUUUUAAAUUACCCCCAAAAAUGUCAAAAUCCAAGUCUUGAAAAAUAAUGUUUACUGUGUGUGUGUGUGUGUGUGUGUGUGUGUGUGUGUGUGUAUAGAAAGAGCCAAUCUCCUUAAGGAUGGUACGGAAAAUGGGCUAGUGUUUUCUUUUAAAAAAUAACUAAGUCAAAUAAAUUUUAAAAUGUCA